AUGCUGGCAGUCAGUAUCCAGGGAAUCUCGAAGGUCGACCUGGUGAAUUUCUACUGGGGCGGCCAUGUGAGCGUGCGAAUGCAGGUCUCCCCCGCAGUGUACCUCCGCGACUUCGGGCCCUUCCUGGAUGCUGCUACCAAGACAGCGCUGCAGGAGGUGAUUGAUGCACCCAAUGUGUCGGCGGAGAUGACGUUGAGACUGGAAGCAGCGCUGGCCCGGGAGCUUGAGGCAUGGCGCCAAGGCGAGGCCGGCAAAGCGGACGACGCGUUUGGGCCUCUUCCGGAACAGCCUGACGCUGAGAAUCUGAUGCGCUACAUGCGCAUCGCCGUCGUCAACUGGCACCGGGAGAUGGGUGAGGAACCAUACCCCAAGAUCUCGGGUGACACGAAGCUUUGGCUCAAUGCAGAGGGGAAGAUGAUCACGUGCAGCUGGGACGUGGAAUCUCUGUGGUACAACAUCCCCAGCUUGCGUACCUUUCCCUUUGACACGAAUGAGAUGUGCGCCAUCUUUUGGACGAGGGUGUGGCGCAAAGCCCGCAUCACCGAGUUCGGGCGGUCGUACGGCUUGGGCACGAGCUUGCAGGAGUUCGACGUCUUGGGCUUCCGUGGCGAUGCAAAGCCUCGGCCUGGCUGGGAUCCCUACAUCUGCGAGAGCAACAUCGUACCCAACAGAGCGCGGCCCGGUGAGCUCAUGUUCUACGGCCGCUUUUGGGUACGCCGCAAGCCGUUCUAUUUCGUUGUGGCUCUGCUCUUCCCCACCGCCGUGGUGACAUUUAUGGGUGCCAGCGCCAUCCUCAUCGCGUCGGGCGAAGCUCCGAACUCCAUCGUACUCGGAGGCGAGUCCCCGCUGUCCCUGGUCGCGGGGCUGAUGCUGACCAUGGUCGCCAUGAAGUUCUCCUACACCGACAGCGUACCAAAGCUUGGCUACCUCACCAUGCUCGACCUCUACAUCGCUGUCAGCUUCUUCUUUCUUACCGCCGCGGCCCUGCUGAUCGUCCUGCUGCCGGAGGAGUCGCUGCGGGAUCUUCGCGCGGCGGCGGUAUUUAGUGGGCUCUGCCUGCUAUUCAACGUCGUUUUCAUGGUGGUCGCCUAUCGGGAGUUCCGCAUUCCAGCGGAACACUCCCCAAGCCUAACCUUUCCGGAAGCGAAGAAGCACGCGCCGCCGGAGUGA